AUGGCGCUGCUCAUUGCGCCCACGAACCUCGGCCGCCCCGUCCGCCUGCUCGCAUUUGUACUGAUCGUCGCUGUCCUGGGUCUACUGACGUGGGGUCGCUAUGACCCGCGUAUCGGCUUGGGGGGGUUCACCCGCGUGCGUGCUGAUAUCCUUGGAUUCGUUGAUCCACUGAUCGGGACCCUCAACGGAGGAACCGGAGGUGCCCCCUCGCUGGGAAACUUCCCCCUGUUCGCUCACCCUUGGUGCCCAAACGACGACCCCAAGAGAUGCAAGUAUACGACGCUGGAACGGAAGACGCUGCGCGCGCCGAGCUCGGUCGAGGCACGCGUCGGCUUCUUCGCCUUGAACCUGACGACCGGCGUGCGCGCCGAGAUGACAGCGUCGGCGCACGCGACGCUCUUCCGCUUCACCUUUCCCGAGGGCGCCAAGCCCCUGAUUCUCCUCGACGUCGAGGACAUUGCGAGCAGCCGCAGCGACGGCGGCAUCAAGGUCGAUCGCUCGUCGGGCCGCAUGACGGGCUACGGCACCUUUGCCCCCUCCUUCGGCACGGGCACCUACAAGGCGUUUUUCUGCGCCGAUUUCGCCGGCUCCCACGUGCGCACCGCCGGUGUCUUCGCCGGCUCCGAAGCCACACCGGGCCUGCACCAGUGGGACGCGCUGCCGUGGGGGUCGGCCGGCGCCUGGUUGCUCUUUGACGAGACGGGGCCGGACGGCAUCUUUGCGCGCGUCGGCGUGUCCUUCGUGUCGUCGGCGCAGGCGUGCCACAACGCCGAGGAGGAGAUCCCCGAGGUCGAUCUCGACACGGUCGAAGCCGAGGCGCGCGCGGCGUGGGCCGACAAGCUGUCCUCCGUCUCGGUCGACGCCGUGGGCGUCAGCACCGAGCUGCAGACCGUCUUCUGGUCGGGCCUCUACCGGUCGAUGCUGUCGCCGCAAAACUACACGGGCGAGAACCCGCUGUGGCAGUCGUCCGAGCCGUACUUUGACUCGUUCUACUGCAUCUGGGACUCGUUCCGCGCGCAGCACCCGCUGCUGACCAUUGUCGAUCCCGUCGCCCAGGCCGAGAUGGUGAGGGCGCUGCUCGACAUCUACCGCCACGAGGGCAAGCUUCCGGACUGCCGCAUGUCCUUUUGCAAGGGGUUCACGCAGGGCGGCAGCAAUGCGGAUGUCGUCGUCGUCGAUGCCUUGGUGAAGGGCAUUACGGAUGGGAUCGACUGGGAGACGGCGUAUGAAGCCAUCGUCUCUGAUGCCGAGAUCUCGCCACCCUCGUUCAACGUUGAAGGCAGAGGCAACAUCGAGUCGUGGCAGCAGCUGCACUACAUCGCCUCGGACCACCGCGACGCCAACUCCACCGGCCCUCACUCGCGCACCGUCUCGCGAACAGUCGAGUACGCGUUCAACGACUUUUGCAUCGCCACCAUGGCCCGCUGGCUGGGCCACACGGGCGACUUUGCCAAGUACGCGCAGCGCAGCACGUACUGGCAGAACCUCUGGAACCCGGCACAGAUAGACCUGCCGCCGGCGCCGGCGGGCGACCUCAGCAGCGGCGCGUCCCCGAGCCAGGACCCCACGGCGGCGUCCACGUUCGUCGGCUUCCUCCAGCCGCGCCUCGCCAACGGGACGUUCCUCUACCAGAGCCCGCGCGUGUGCUCGCCGACGUCGGAGCCUCACCUCUGCUACUACGACACGAACGAGUCGACGUACGAGGGGUCGCCGUGGCUCUACACGUUCUACGCGCCGCACGACAUGGCGACGCUGGCGCGCCUCCUGGGCGGGCGGGCGGCGCUCGCGGCGCGGCUCGAGUACUACCACGGCAGCGGGCUCGCGUACCUGGGCAACGAGCAGGCGUUCCUGACGGUGUUCCAGUUCCACCACGCGGCGCGGCCGGGGCUCAGCGCCAAGUGGGCGCGGGCGUACGUGCCGGCGCAGUUCAACGGCACCAUGGCGGGGAUCCCGGGCAACGACGACGGCGCCAUGGGCGCGUUCGCGGCGUUUGUCAUGAUGGGCUUCUUCCCCGUCGCCGGCAUGGACGUGUACCUGCUCACGGCGCCCUUCUUCCGCGAGGUCAGGCUGCGGGCGAGGAGGCCGGGCCGCGAGGCUGUCAUUCGCAAGGUGGCGGCGCGGGGCGAGGAUCCCAUGGCCGAGGGCAUGAUGUAUGUGCAGAGCGUCAAGCUCAAUGGGCACACGUGGACGAAGAGCUGGAUCACGCACGACUUCUUUGCCCAGGGCGGCUUGCUCGAGGUCAAGGUCGGUAGGGGGGAGAGUGCAUGGGGAACAAACGAGGAAGACCUACCACCGAGCUGGGGGUUUGAGGAGUUCAAGGGAGGAGAGGGUCAGGCCCCGGAUGCCGAGCCAUCGCAUUCGGUGGGAGAGCACAUGGGUUGA